CUUAGAAAGGAUUCUUGCGGGCAAGGACCCGGAACCUUCCUUAGCCUCUUCUUGAAGCUUUAUCCAAUAUGGCCACUGAUCCUUUCAUUUCUCUAUAUAAGCAGGCCAUUGUACAGGUUCCCUUCACAGAAUUACCAGCCGCAUAGAGCACUAAAUUAAAGCUCUCGGAAACUCUGUAAAUGGCGGCCAUUUCCAAUGAUCCUAGAGUGAGCUUCCAAACGGGGAAAACCCAUAAACAGAAUGCAGUUGUGUUAGAAGAGGUUGAAGGGAUCAUCAGAGUUUACAAAGAUGGAUACGUCGAGAGGUUUCCGGUUGUUCCCAGUGUCUCCUGUGCAGUGGCGUCUGAACUCGGCGUGGUGGCCAAAGACGCGGUGAUCGAUAAAUUCACCAACUUAUGGGCCAGAAUUUAUGCUCCAAUCCGCCAUGGGAAGCCGCUGCCGGUGGUGGUUUACUUCCACGGUGGCGGAUUCUGCGUUGGCUCGGCUGCUUGGGGGUGUUACCAUGACUUUCUGGCGAACCUUGCUUCCAAAGCAGGCUGCGUCGUCAUCUCGGUGAACUACCGGUUGGCGCCGGAAAACCGCCUUCCGGCCUCCUAUGACGACGGCCGUAAUGCCGUCUUGUGGGUGAGACAGCAGGCUCUAGAGGGGUCCCGCGAGCAGCAGUGGUGGCUCGGCCGCUGCCAUUUCUCAAGCCUGUACCUGGCCGGCGACAGCGCCGGCGCAAACAUAGCCCACAAUGUCGCAACCCGACUCAGCUCCGACAUCGGAACCGUCUUUCUGAGCCCUUUGUUCCUGAAGGGCACCAUUCUGAUCCAGCCUUUCUUCGGAGGAGAAGCCCGGACCCGGUCGGAGAAGCUCAGCCAGCAGCCGGCGAAUUCUGUGCUAAGCCUGGCGGCUUCCGACGCCUACUGGCGGCUGUCGCUGCCGGCGGGGGCUGGCCGGGACCACCCUUGGAGCAACCCUCUGUCGAAAGGCGCGGCCAGUUGUGGAGUCAAGUCCAUGAUGGUGUGCAUUGCGGAGAUGGACAUAUUGAAAGAUAGGAACUUGGAGUUCUGUGCGGCCAUGGCUGCGGAAGGGAAGAGGGUGGAGAAGGUGGUUUACAGAGGAGUCGGCCAUGCAUUUCAGAUUCUCCAUAACGUUCAGCUCUCGCAAGCAAGAACACAGGAACUGAUGUCCCAUCUCAAGGCUUUCAUCAACCAAUAGCAUAUUAUAUUUAUACAUAUAUAUAUAUAUAUGGAUAAAUGAAGGGUUUUCUCUUACGAAAAUGCUACUUUGUUCUUUCUGGCUGGACAUGCAGAUUUGACUCAUUUGAGAGAUGGUGUCCAUUAUUGUGCUACAAGAUAAAUUUUACUAUCACAA